ACUACUACUAUACAAUAACUCCAUUUCUCUUUCUAUAUAUACCAACGAUGGACAACAAGGCAAACCCUGUCUUGGACGCUUGUCCUUCCUACAAAUAUCAUCCCUCUAUAUAUGUACACACACAUCCAUACAUUUACAAACAACAAUACAUAUAUAAAAGGAAACCUAUCUUUCUCACUCAACUAUAAACAGGGUUCUCUUUAAAUUGUAAUUACAAUUAUAGCUUGGAAAUUAUUAUAAAUAACUUUGCUUUGAGACUAUAAUCUCUCUCUCUCUUUCUCUCUCUCUCUCUCCCUCUCUUAUAGCUUCAUCAUCAAUAGAUUUUCGCCAAACGAUAGUAACAUCCAUCUCAUAAAUAAAAGAAAAUCGAGAAUCAAAAAUGGGAAGACCACCUUGCUGUGACAAAGUUGGGGUGAAGAAAGGGCCUUGGACUCCCGAAGAGGAUAUCAUUUUGGUUUCUUACAUUCAAGAACACGGCCCUGGUAAUUGGAGAUCAGUGCCUACUCACACAGGUUUGAUGAGAUGCAGUAAGAGCUGUAGGCUUAGAUGGACUAAUUAUCUUAGGCCUGGAAUUAAACGUGGUAACUUCACUGAUCAUGAGGAAAAGAUGAUAAUCCACCUUCAGGCUCUUUUAGGCAAUAGAUGGGCUGCAAUUGCUUCUUAUCUACCACAGAGAACUGAUAAUGAUAUUAAAAAUUACUGGAAUACCCAUCUUAAAAAGAAGCUCAGAAAGCUUCACACUGGGCAUGAUGGUCAAAGCCAUGAUGAGUUCUCAACUGAUAACAAUUCGCACCAAAUCUCCAAAGGCCAGUGGGAAAGAAGGCUUCAAACAGAUAUUCACAUGGCAAAACAAGCUCUUUGUGAAGCUCUCUCCCUUGACAAACCAAUUGAUCAUCAUAAUCACAAUUUGGGGGAAUCUAAACCGUCCAUUACUACAACCACUUGUUUCCACACUAGUUGUGAUCAUCAAGAUCAUGAUCAUAAGAACACUACUAAAUCACACCAACCACUAUCAUAUGCAUCAAACGCUGAGAACAUUGCCCGAUUGCUCGAAAGUUGGAUGAAGAAUUCUCCAAAAUCGGGGAAAACAAACUCCAACACGACCCGGGAUUUGCUCCAAAACCCGGUUGCUUUCCAGCCCAAUAAUAAUGGUACUUGUACUAAUACUACUUAUUCAAGUUCAAGUGAAGGAGCUCAAAGUGGGACCACUACACCUGAUCACAAUCACCAUAACAAUCACCGUCAACAUAACAAUCAGGCCACUGCUAAUAAUACAAAUUUUGAGUACUCUUUGUUUAGUUUCAACUCCUCCACCGCAUCGGAAUCCUUGUCGGCCGACGAGACUGCAAAUUUGACACCGGAGAGGGCCACAAGUACUCUGUGCUUCCAAGAUGAGAGCAAGCCUCAUAAUACCAAAAUUGAGGAGCCAGUACAAGCUCCUCUCACAUUGCUUGAAAAGUGGCUACUUGAUGAUGGUUCAGCUCAAGGGCAUGAGGACCUUAUUAACAUGUCGCUAGAGGAUAGUGCAGCACUCUUUUGAUCUUCCUAGUCAUACAAAAGAAAUAAAUAAUAAAGAAAGUAAAUUAUCAAAGUUUUUAGGUUUUUGUGGAUAUAGCUUGUUCUAAGCUGUUCUUAAUUAGAACUUUUGUUUUUAAGCCUACGAAGACAUAGUCAAAAGAUGUAACAGUACUAUGCAUUAUAACUCACUGAAGGAAACAGGGAAACAGGAAAAAAAAAAGUGUAAAUUAUAGUAUAACUACAUAUACAUAAAUAUAUGUGUAUGAUGUUUUAUAAAAUAAUAUAUAGCUUUUUAUGGA